UGGGCUUGGGCUGUUGGUAGAAUUGGGGCUCUUUUUAGGGUUUGGGUUGAAUUGAAUCUGAUCCAAAUUUCCAUAUUCUAUCUAAUUCCAAUUAGCGGUUAUAGAUCUCGUUCUUCUUCUUUCAUUACAACUACACAGACAAGAUUUUCCCAUGUUUACGUGAACAAAAGCCACAAAUUUCCUUGUUUAUGUACUGAUUUCAAAAGCAACCGACCAAGCCAAUCUUGGUUCCUCGCGACAUGCCUGCUAUGAAGAAGAAUUUAGAAGGACGUCACAUUGAGAGUGUAUUCAACAAGUUGAUAAAGGGCAUAGAAAACCCAGUUGAUUUUGAACUUCCAGAUUGGUUCAUUAAGUCAAGACCAACCAUGCCCUACACUUUCAUUAAGCGCAAUAUAUAUCUGACCAAGAAGAUUAAAAAACGACUGGAAGAUGAUGGCAUAUUCUGCUCCUGUACUGGAUCCUCUGGCGUUUGUGGUAGAGACUGCCAUUGUGGAAUGCUUUUGUCUAGCUGCUCUUCAGGUUGUAAAUGUGGAGAUUCUUGCCUCAACAAAGCAUUUCAACAACGACCCGUGAAGAAAAUGAAACGUGUGCAGACCCCAAAAUGUGGUUUUGGAAUUUUGGCGGAUGAAGAUAUCAAGCAAGGAGAGUUUGUAAUAGAAUAUGUUGGAGAAGUUAUUGACGACAAAACAUGUGAAGAAAGACUUUGGAGUAUGAAACACCGUGGAGAAACAAACUUCUACCUGUGUGAAAUCAACCGAGAUAUGGUUAUUGAUGCAACAUACAAGGGAAACAAGUCAAGAUAUAUAAAUCACAGCUGUUGUCCCAAUACUGAGAUGCAAAAAUGGAUAAUUGAUGGUGAAACAAGGAUUGGCAUAUUUGCGACACGUGACAUUUCAAAGGGCGAGCAUCUAACCUAUGAUUAUCAGUUUGUGCAGUUUGGUGCAGAUCAAGAUUGCCAUUGCGGUGCUGAAGGCUGCAGGAGAAAACUUGGUGUGAGGCCAACGAAAACCAAGAUAUCAUCGGAUGCUGCAUUGAAGCUAGUAGCAUACCAGGUUGCUUUGUCUAGAAAAGAUGCAUACCAGAAUGGAGAUCUGCAUAUAGGGAGCUCUCAACAUGGACGUAACAAAAAAACUUUUGUGUCUAACUGCAUUGGUCAACUCGUUAUGAUAAGCCGCCCACAUGUUAGGUCCUUUGGGAUUAUUAAACGGUUUGAUAAGUAUUCCAGAAAACACAGGAUUUUGUUUGAUAACGGACAUAGUGAAUUUCUUGACAUGUCAAAGGAGGAUUGGAUACCUAUACCAAAAUGACAUAAUUGUGAGGAUGGGCAGUCGAAUUUGGCGACGAUUGAUUUUGGGUUCUUGUCUCUUUUGUUACAUAAAGUUAGACAUUAAUUGUUGUAAGGAGUGUUGUAAGAAUAUUACGAUAGCAUCAUUGUAGACUGUUAGGCAGUGCAUUUUGUAUUAAUUGCAUAGUGUUCACAAGAAUGCUAUGCUAGUAUU